GGACUGAAGGGUCGUAAAAGCAGUGGGCCUUUUCCCUGCGCCACCAUCGAACGUUAGCAUUCGGCUAAUGCUACACAGCAACAGACAAAACCCGUUUGUUUGUUUUUUUUACUGUUCUUUCUACCACCAAUUACUGCUAGCUGACAUUUAUCAGAGAGUUGAUACCCUGUUAUCAGACCUGUCAAUGGCUGCUAUGGAAGACUCGAGAGGAGGAAGUCGGGGUCUUAUAUUUAUUUCCACUGAAGAAGAGGAGGACUCGUCUGAGAUUUUAUUGAGCGUUUUGGUACAACAUGAUCAAGUGGGCCUUUGCUUCUAUGACAGCAAAGACUCCUCCAUCAACUACAUGAUGGAUACGCCAGAUAACCACGAGCUCAACCUGCUGGCGAGAAUCAUUCAGGAGAUUUGUCCUCAAGUGAUUAUUACCAGUGCAAAGCAGGAGCGCUGUAUGACCCGCUUCCUGCGACAACUUGGUUCAAACCCAGACUACAAACCAGAGGUGGUUAUCUAUCCCUAUGUUGACUUUGGUCUGGAACUCAGUAAGCAGAGGUUGCUUUCGGCCCAUCUGCCUUUCCUCCCUGCCUCUAUCUCAGAGAGAGAGAAGUUGGCUUACCUCUCCUCCUGUAUCUCAUUUGACUCCCCCCUCAUGCUGGGGGCCGUUGGAGCGCUUCUAAAAUGUCUGGACAGGAGGAGAGUGGGAGUUGAGCUGGAAGACAGCAGUGUUGGCGUUCCUAUCCUGCAGUUCCAUGCCUACACACUUAAGGGUGUCAUGUACAUUGAUAAAGAUGCCUACAGUGUCCUGCAAAUCUUUAAAUCAGAGCUCCACCCAUCAGUGUACAAGCUUCAUUCGGGUGAAAAAGAAGGGUUCAGUCUUUAUGGAAUACUAAACUGCUGCAGGUGCAAGUUGGGCUCCAAACUGUUACGUCAGUGGUUCCUGCGUCCAACCGUGGACCUCGCUGUGUUACACAGAAGACAGGAAGUUAUCCGCUUCUUCACAUCGCCUCAGAACUCAGACUGCCUGAGCACCCUGCAGUCGUCGCUACGUAACAUCAGAAACAUCCCAACACUUCUACACAGGAUGUCUCUCUCGCACACCAAAGUAACAGACUGGCAGAAUCUCUACAAGACCGUGUUCAGUGCAGUGUGUAUCAGAGACACUGUGCGUCACCUACCUCAGUCCGUUCAUCUUUUCCGGGACAUCAGCGAAGGCUUCUCUGAUGACCUCCACCACAUCGUCUCUCUCAUCAGCCGUGUGGUGGACUUUGAAACCAGUAUAGCCGAGAACCGUUUCACCAUCAAACCAAAUGUAGAUCCUGCAGUUGAUGAGAAGAAAAGGCAGAUGGCAGGCUUGUCCGACUUCCUGACUGAUGUUGCCAGAAGAGAGCUGGAACACCUGGAUGCAAGCAUACCCUCCUGCUGCGUCAUCUACAUCCCGCUGAUUGGUUUCUUGCUGUCUAUCCCUCGUCUGCCUACAAUGGUAGAGAAAGAAGACUUUGAGUUGGACGGGCUUGAUUUCAUGUUUCUAUCAGAAGAUCGCCUGCACUACCGCAGCCAGAGGACUAAGGAGCUUGACGUACUGCUGGGGGAUUUGAACUGCGACAUUAGAGACAUGGAGACAACAGUCAUGACUCAGCUGCAGAACGCCAUCCUAGAGAGGAGCGCCGCCCUUUAUAAGGUUCUGAAUCUGACUGCUGAGCUGGACUGUCUGAUGGCGUUGAGCAAAGCCUCCCAGGAGUACGGAUACACCUCACCCAAGCUAGUCAACCAACGGAAGAUAUCAAUCAUUCAGGGCAGACACCCACUGUUGGAACUGUGCUCUCCUGUGUUGGUGGCCAACUCGUUUGAGAGCUGUGAGUCGCAGGGCAGAGUCAAAAUCAUUACUGGGCCCAACUCAUCUGGGAAGAGCAUCUAUCUCAAGCAGGGUCGCGGGGGCAUGCUGGAGCCUAUCCCAGCUGACUUCGGGCAACAGGCGGGGUACACCCUGGACUGGUCGCCAGCCAAUCGCAGGGCACAUAUAGACAAACAACCAUUCACGCUCACAUUCAUACCUAUGGACAAUUUAGAGUCGCCAAUUAACAUAACAUGCAUGUUUUUGGAAUGUGGGACUAAACCGGAGUACCCAGAGAAAACCCACACACGCACGGGGAGAACAUGCAAACUCCACACAGAAAUGCCCAAGGGAGAAUCGAACCCAGGUCUUCCCGACCUCCAGACUGUUAAUGUGUUGGCCAACAUGCUAACCACUAGACCACCGUGUGGCCCGCAAGGAACCCCGUUCCCCCGUUAUCCCGAUCUAUACCAUUCUCCAAUCCAAUAAUUUGUGGUCUUUAUAGCUAAAGGUUUCCACUUCCAGGUCUUCCUGUCCUGCAGUCUUUUUUGUUGUACUUUGUAUGUCAUUGAAUGCAGUUACAUGGGUUCCUAAUUCCAGUGCUUCUUGAUUAGCAGGUCCUGGCAACAUGGUAGUGAUGCCAAAUGUUAUUGAAUUUCAUCUUCCAACUGCAUGGUUCAUUGUUUGUGGGUUGUAUCCUCUGUUUUCCUUCCUGUCCUGGUGAUGUGAUCUUUAAUAUUUAUCUAGAUCCUAAUAUCUCUGACAACAAGCACUCUUGCCUCUUUUGGACCUCAAUUUAGCUUGAUGGAGAUUUUACAGUUGGCGUUCCAAGUACCUUCUAUCUUUCCUUGCUUCUUCAAGUCGUGUGCUUUCUUGGCGAUGUCAGCGUUGCAUUUUUGGCAGCUGCUCAUUCAUGUAGAUGUUUGUAGCUUUCAACUUCUUUCCCUGUUUCAGCAGUGCAGUUUUGAAUUCCCUGUUGGAGAACAUCACGAUAAUGACAGGUGUGGCGUUAUUUCUGCCAUACAGUGGGAUCCAAGUAUCGAUGGUGUAUACAUCUACAUCCGCCUUCUUCGAUUGUAGGAAAUUGGCAACUUGUUGCUUUGUUGAAGGAACAUCCAUUUCAUCUGAUUCUCUGUUCUGGACUGCCCUGGCAUUUUUCCUGGGUGUAAUUCGGAGUCCUGUGAGGACAACAUGGUUCAUUCGUGCAUUCUGAUCCAUUUCAUCAUUUGUAUUUUUGAUUUGCUCAUUGAUUUUUUUUCUUUGCUUUUUUCUUUUCCUCAAGAGUGGCCCGCAAGUUGAACUCAUUGCAUAGUGCUCUAUUUUCCUUUUUUUAAUUUAGAAAUUAUGAUGUUGUAUCGAUAAAUCCGUAACAAAAUACCUCAGAUAACUGACUUUAAAAAAAAAAAGCUCCAAUGAGGCGAGAUGACCCGUGGUGUGCUGCUAAUGUCAUAACUUUGCCGGAGCUCACUUGUAAAUAAACAUGUCUUCGAUGGUGUGGGACCUUACGCCAAAUGCUCUAAAGGCUCAGCAAACAUUCCACAACUAGGAAAAAAAACAUCAAGCUUCAACACAUCAAACCUUAUUAGCCACCUGAAAUGCCAGCAUCACUACGAUGCCCAGGACUUAUUCUGAUCGCCGAGAUUUUGAAAAUUACAAAAAAGUUUGUCAGAGACAACCCGACGGCUAAAGUCAUCCUUGAUUUCACCAUGGCAAUGAUAGCGCUGGAUGACCAGUCCUUUGCCAUCGUUGCAGAUACCGGCUUUUGCUGGCAAGUAAACGCCUUGGAUCCACGAUUUGUACUUCUGAGUCGCUGCAAAUUUGUUAUUGUUUUGUUAAUAGUAGUGAUGCCAUGAUAGUUGGUAAGAACAAAUCUGCAGGUACAGUUUAUCAAAUCCAACUUUGUUGAAGUAGUUCUUACCACCAGGUGUGCACAAACUACAAUUAAAUCUAAAUUUAAUAAGUAAUAAGAAAAGUUAUAGCUUACCUGUAUCGGUACUAUAUCAGUCUCUUUUUUUUCAAACUUCAUUUUUUGUCUAUG